AUGCAGACGACCUCCUACCUUCCGACGCACCAGCCGCAGUACCUCGUCGGGGACACGGCGCACCUCCAAGCCGAACGCGACGCCCACAAAAUGGGCUACGGCGGCGGCACCCUCUUCAUCAGCGCCGGGUCCUUCAUCCACGCCGCCGGCCCCAUCGUCGUGCCCAAACGCAUCGUCAUCACGGUCGUUCUGAAGGGCGCGACGGUCGAUCUGACCCAGGCGACGUUCGUGCACCCGGUCACCGAAGUUCAGAUCUGUGCCGUCCUUGGCGGGGUCAAGCUCAUCCUUCCGCGCGGCGUCCGCUGCGAAACGUCGGGGCUCAGCAUCUUUGGCUCCUUCAAGAAUGCAAACAACCAGUCGGCGUCGCUUGGGGCGAAUACGCCACUCGUACGCAUCACGGGUCUUUCGGUCUUUGGUGGCGCCAAAGCCUCCGUGUGCAUGGAAACUGCACCACUCGUCGUGGUGCCGUCGUUGCCCGAGGUCACGAUCGAGACAGCACCUACCGAGAGCCUGCCACUUGCGACCCCUGCCCCCGAGCCCUUGGCCAAGUAGUGUAAUUACUCGGGGUGUGGACGAAAUGCGUCUUUAUAUAGUUUCAUCUUUCGAAUUAACACAAAACAAGUAUGGUUGCAUGCAACUAUGAC